UUUCAAAGUCCCAUAUAUACUCUUCCCAUCCAUUAUUUUUCCAACAUGAAUAGUUCCUUCAAUUCCCAAAACUUGCAAAAAUACUCAAAACACAACAAAAAAAGGCUAAAUCAAGAACAAGUUAGGCUUUUAGAGGCGAGUUUCGAUUCAACUAAAAAACUCGAUUUAGAGAAAAAACUCCAAUUGGCAAGAGAAUUAGGGGUUCCACCACGACAAAUUUCGAUUUGGUACCAAAAUAGGAGAGCGCGAUGGAAAAAUCAGUGCAUGGAAAAUGACUAUAAUGCCCUUCAAGUUAAGCUUGAAAAUGCAUUAUCUGAGAAAAGGCAACUUGAAAAAGAAACUGAAAUUCUUCGAGGAGAAUUGGAAAAAGCAAAUGAAAUGUUAAUUGGACUGAAGUCAGGUGCACAAGGGCAAAUUAGGGAAUUUAGACUAUCUAGUUCAUGUUGUGAAGAUGUGAUUAGCUAUAGUACUAAAUGGGUACAUAAUUAUGAGGUUAAUUAUUGUAAUUUGCAAAUUGAUGAGCUUUAUCCUAUGAUAGGUGUGGAAGAAGGGACCAAAAAAUGUUGUUCAACUUGGUGAAGUGAAUGAGAAUUUUGGGAAAUCUAAUGAGAAAAAAAAUCUCAUAUUCUCAAUUGUACAAUAUCUUUCCUUUUUAGAGACUUUAUUCGCACACCUAAUAAUUUCUCUCUCAAACAAAAUUUUACAUGAGCCAUUAUAUGAUGAUUUUGGGCUUAUCUUGUAAUUUAACGUGUGACGUUCACAUUAAAUGUUUAUGAAC